ACCAAGGUGCCUUAGGCUCUCAGGUUUCCCCUCCCUAUGCCAAGCCACCUCCAAGUUACUCAUAUUAAAAAGAGCCAUUGAGAGAGAUGGCUAGAGGAAAGGGAGCCACAGAGUGUUCAUCUGACAAACUGAUCAAACCCCCAGACUUGCAACUUAGCAAAGACACACACCAGAUUCAUCAAGACAGUAGACUUUCUGUAUGUAACAAGUUAUGUUUUGCAAUUGGAGGAGCUCCAAACCAGGUGACCGGAAGUGCCACAGGCUUUUUCCUGCAGAUCUAUUUGCUUGACGUUGCACAAAUUAGCCCAUUCCAAGCUUCCUUGGUGCUGUUUAUUGGAAAGGCAUGGGGGGCUGUAACUGAUCCUGUCGUAGGUUUCUUUAUCAGUAAAAGUAAAUGGACCAAGAUCGGGAGACUUAUGCCCUGGAUGGUGGGCUGCACUCCUUUCGUGGUGGUCUCCUAUUUCUAUCUGUGGUAUGUUCCUCCGUUCCAUUCAUGGAAGUUCAUGUGGUACCUGGGGUUCUAUUGUCUUUACCAAACCAUGAUAACAUGUUUUCACGUGCCUUACUCGGCCCUCACCAUGUUCCUCAGUACAGAUCAGAAGGAGAGGGACUCAGCUACUGCCUACAGAAUGACCAUGGAGGUGUUCGGCACUCUGAUUGGAGCUGCGAUCCAGGGACAGAUAGUAGCCAGCGCUCAUGCCUCAAAACACUGUCGCCUCUACAACGUGUCUACAGAAGCACCUGGAAAUGGCAGUGAAGACUCACACAACUUGCACAGCACCAUCAACCCUGCCUUAACUCAAGAAUUCCUCUCUCAUGCAAAAGAAGUCUACAUGAUUGCUGCUGGUGUGAUAGGAGUGGUGUUCCUACUGUGCACAGCAGUUCUGUUCUUGGGAGUAAAGGAAAAAGAUGAUCCCUAUGCAUUGAAGACAGACAAGCCAAUUCAAUUUCUCAAAGGGUUUAAACUGGUGAUGCAGUACAGACCUUACAUUCAACUGACGGCAGCAUUUCUCUUCAUAUCAGUUGCUAUACAGCUGGUGCAGAGCAACUUUGUCCUGUUUUGUACCUACGCUGUGGACCUCCGAGAUCACUUUCAGAACAUUGUGUUGACACUCCUGAUGUCUGCUGCUAUAAGUAUACCACUAUGGCAGUGGUUUCUGCAGAGGUUUGGCAAGAAGACGGCAGCCUACUGUGGCAUUUCAUGGAUAAUACCAUUUACAGUUAUGCUGGUUUGCUUCCCGAAUCUCAUUGUGGCCUAUGUGGUGGCUGUUUCGUCUGGACUUAGUGUUGCUGCCUCUCUGUUGUUGCCAUGGUCAAUGCUACCAGAUGUAGUCGAUGACUUCAGAUUAAUAAAUCCACACUCAAAGGGACAUGAAGCUAUCUUCUAUUCAUUCUAUGUAUUCUUCACUAAAUUUGCUACUGGGAUUUCAUUGGGAGUUUCCACACUGUGUCUCGAGUUUGCUGGCUAUGACACAGGAGCUUGUAAACAGCCACCUGGCGUGGCUUACGUCCUGAAGCUCCUGAUUGGAGCAGUUCCUGUAGUGUUUAUAGUCACUGGGUUAAUUGUUCUUCUGUUGUACCCAAUCACUGAGGAGGUUAGGAUAAAGAACAAGCAAUCACUCAGGGGGCUCAGAAAGCAUGGUGACAAUUCAGGAAGUCGAGCAAAUGAAGAGAGAAGUAUUGCAUAACAUCCUUGGAUAACAGAAUAUAUUGGAAACCUCACAUUCCAGGCUACCUGGGAUAUGCUACAUACUUGGUGUAUAUUACACUGCAAACAAAUUCAACUGAUAUUACAGUAUCAUUAAAGAUUUCAGUGCUGUAUUGUUUAUAAUUGUUUAACAGUUAAAUAUAUCUAUAGAUUUAUAAUUUAAAUUAAUGAAUGUAUUUCCUAUUUUUUAAAUUAUUAUUUAGGUAAAAUAUAUUUUCAAGUUAUUACAGGGAAUGAUUACAUUGUAUUGAUAUGGAAUAAAUUAAGCUGUUUUUAAAAAAGUAGUACAACCCAACAAACUGAUAAGAUUAUUUCAGUGAGAAUUUUAUAAUGAAAGACCAUACUUUUGGUUUCAUACUAUUUGACUGUAUUUGACAGACUAACAGGGGUAUAUAUGUGCUAUAUGACAAGUUGUAUUGAUCUUUUGAAGAUUUGAUUUAUUGCUGAAAGACAUGUUUCCUUUAUAAUAAGAUUAAACUUACAUUCUUUCAAACAUCUUAGUUCUUGGAUUUUAUAUAUAUAUAUAUAUAUAUAUAUAUA